CGGAAGAGACGUGGCAAAAUAUGCGAAAAUGCCUAACAGCUAGUUCCGUACAACUGGUACAUACUGGAUAGUGUUUGUAUUACGGAGAAUUGCCCGGGACCAACGGAGACCCUACAUUCCUCUGCUUUAACGACAGGUCAUGGGUCUCUGCAAGUGUCCCAAAAGGAAGGUGACCAACCUAUUCUGUUUUGAGCAUCGUGUCAACGUCUGUGAACACUGUCUUGUGUCUAAUCACAACAAGUGUAUAGUUCAGUCAUACCUACAAUGGCUACAGGAUAGCGACUACAAUCCCAACUGCUCUCUGUGCAACAAUCCACUCAAUGCACAGGACACCGUGAGACUGGUUUGUUAUGAUUUGUUUCAUUGGUCAUGUCUGAAUGACCUGGCGGCCCGGCUGCCACUGUAUACAGCCCCUGCCGGCUAUCAGUGCCCCUCCUGUCAAGGUCCGGUGUUCCCACCCUCUAAUCUGGCCAGUCCAAUUGCAGACACGCUGAGGGAGCAACUCUCUUCUGUCAACUGGGCCAGGGCUGGACUGGGCCUGCCACUGAUUGAAGAGGCCCCAGAGACACAAGAGAGCACUACACAUGAUGUUACAGACUACAGUGACUGGUCCACGUUUGACACGGCGGCAGUGGAGCCCUCUGUAUCCUAUGCUGAGACGGUUUAUCCCACACACACAUACAGCCCUGACCCAACCCCCACCUCGGUCCAGCUAGAGGAAGAAGUAGUCAGUCACAACAAUGGAAGACUUACCACAGCGGAGCACUCAGUCGUUAAUAUGAUUGCUGCAACCACCAAUGACUCAGUUACGAUAAGUUCAGCCUCAUCUCCAAGAAAGAUAUAUGACACAAGAGAAUCCGGUUCCACUGUGACUCAGAUUGACUUUGAUGAUGAUAAGUAUCGGCGGCGCCCAACUCUGAGUUGGUUUGCGCAGAUUCUCAAGAAUCGCACAGGUGGGAAGAGGAAGGCCUUGACUCUGAAGCAGAGGAUCUUCUUGCUGCUGGUGUUGGGGGUCAUCGGAUUCUUCACCCUCAUCAUCAUCAUGGCCAAACUGGGUCGCGCCUCUGCAGAUUCAGACCCCAACCUAGAUCCCAUGUUCAACCCCAACAUUCGCGUGGGCCCCAUGUGACUGCCUCUUCUUUCUCCUCUCCUCUUCCGUUCUGCUCAGCUCAGCCAGACGGUCAGGAGUCAGUCGUGGGCAGCCGUAGGUGUUCUUCCAAGUUCUUUGUUCUUUUUGUGGUGGGACCAGCUGAGCAGCACCCUCUACCCCUGGACUGUACAUGGGAAUAUAAAGCCCGGCCAGGACAUGGUGAGAGCACAGCGCUGCCUCCACAGACUUUGCAGACAUAUUUAUCAAUGUGUGUACCAAUAUUUUCCGCAACCUUUUUAUUUUUUGCAACACCUUAAUGUCUUCACACUACCCCUUGUUGGAUUAUGUGUGGUGUACACACGGAGAUUUAAUUUACAGAAGAUGAUUGGUUUAGCAAUGUCUUCUCUGGUCAAUAUAGUUUAAUAUAUCAUAUAUUUUUCACAUGCAGUACUUGUAGACCCCCUUUUAGACUCUCCUUGUGCUGUUGAGCACUAUUUUAUGCCUAUUGAGGUUUGGUCAGUCCCCAACUGACUCACCACAUGGGAAAGUACUUGUACACAGCAAUAUCCAUUGCUAAAUUGCAUUUCCUGUGCACCAACCACAAUUAACCAAGGUAUUUGGUUUCAUGUAUAACUUAUUUCAGAGUAUAUGCAACAAACACAAUCUUGUUUUGUGUAACCAUACACAAGGACAUUAAAAUAAGACUGAAUGGCUUUUAUUUGUACUUGCCCCAAUGAGUAUAAAAAGCCAUACAUUCGAUCUUACUCAGUGAUUUAAUUUAAAUAGUUUUUUUUUUUUUUAAGUUUGCUUAUAGAAAAAAACUGGAAAUACUCUUAAUAGAGCCAUCACUAUCUAGAGCUAACACUAUCUUGCGUUUUUCUUUUUUGAUAGUUGGACGUUGAAAAUGUAUAAACGGUUAUUAAUUUGUUCCAGCCGAUUGGCCCUUCAUACAUUCAACAUAUUAAAUCAUA